AGGGUGAUGUUUGCCUGAAAGUAAUUUCCCUGAUACAGGUCAGAGUUGUAACCAAAAUGAAGACUUCUCCCUGCAGAGAGUCUCACCACCAGAGCAGGGGCAUUUCACAUGCAGUAGCCUGCAGAUGGAUCUUGCACAUUAGGGCUGAGGAAGGCAGAGGUUGCCCUUGGCAAACAUAGAGGGUGAAAUGUUUUGUGGAAGGAGCAGACCUGGAGGUCAGUGCUAUCUGUGAGUGGGGGACCUUUGGGAGCAGUGUGUCAUCACUGGGCACCGUCCCAAGCCCAUGGGGCAGCAGAGCCCUUCUGGCAGCCCAGCACUGCAGGGAGCUGGGCACAGCACAGACUGCAGAGGGGGCAGGGCCCACAUGCACUCUGCAGUCCCUUCCAUGAGGAUGUGGGGUAUCACACCGCUUUGGUCUCUAGACAACUGCCUGAGCAUCUUCUAACUGCCUUGGAACCUGUUCCAUGCCAACCAACCACCAACAGCAGCAGUAGGCACAACCAGGGCAUAGAAUGCCCCAAGAAAGUAGAAGCAGGAGGCUCUCAGGAAUACAGCCCUUCCUGAGCAUUUCUCCUCUGCACUGCUGAGCCGUGGGCUGGAAGGGCAGCUCCUAGGGUAACAGGGCAGCAGCUGCACCAGGAAGACCUGAACUCUCUGGGCCACGCAAUGGCUGAAGCAAUGGCCACUGUGGACAGUGAGGACCUCUCAGGCUAUUUCAGCAUGCAAUACAGGCAGAAUCUGCUGCUCUUGCUCAAGAAACUCAAACUGACCGAGGAGGACUCUCUGUCUCCAUUUAUUCGCCUCCAGGAGAAGAAGAAAGAAGCCCAAGAGAUGCAACGGGUUCUGGAGGAUAAGGAAGAGGUGAGAAAGGUGGAAGGGCUCUGGUCACGGCUGGGAUGGCCCACGGCUUUUUGGAGGGUGGCAGUGAGCAUGGACAGCCAAGCCUUGUCCCCUCUGUGCUUCCAGGCCUUCAGGGUGAGGAUGCAGGACAUCACCUGCAAGUGGAAGGAGCUCCGGGCCAAGGAGGCCGAGCUGAAGGCUCACAUGAAGAAAUCUGAGAGGACCCUAAAGGAAAAUGAUAAGAUGCGAAUCCAAGCUCUAAAAAAAGCUGGCAAAGAAAGGAAGGUGAAGAUGCAAAAAGAGAGUGAGCUCUUGAGAGCUAAGAAGGCACUGGAAGCCCUGAAAAUUAAGCACCAGAAACUCAGUGACAGAGUGCAGAACUACUCUAUCUUUGAAACCUAUCUGGAGGAUGUGGUGAAGGUCUCACAGUUUGAAGAGAUCCAGGCAAUCAUUUGGCACUACAAGAGGUUAGUGAGGAUGCGCAAGGCCCUGCUGCAAGCAGAACGUGGGCUUAAGGAAGCAAAGCAGAAAGCCAAGGAACUCAGCCAGCAUGAUGAAGAUGAGAGCCUGCAGUACAACAGUGACCUGGAUCAGCUUCAACUGCGUUCUCAUCAGGCUCAAAGGGAUGUUCUCACCAGGGAGUGUCUCUGGGCUGACAUGCAGAAAACAGCUGCCAAGAAAAGCCAGGAGCUGGGGACCAUCAAGAUGGCCAUCCUUGGCCUCUUCCAGCACGUGAGCAAGCAGAUGAAAAGAAGCCUGAAUGUGCCAGUGGAUGACAGCUACACACAGCUGAGCGUGAUUCAACAGUUUAUCCAAGACCUCAUGGACAUCUUAAUGGAAGUGAAAAGAAAGAGCAUACAGAGCCGUUAGCAUGCAGUUAUGCCUAUGGGGCUGCGAGGAAGAUGCCAAACUUGACCUGGUCUGCCAGCAAAAGCCCAGCAGUGUGGGAAGGGUGAGAAAAGGACAGAGAGCCCCACAGAUGCUGUAGACUUUACUAUAGGUUAUGUCAGUGAAGUUUCAUACCUUUCUUGCCCUUCUCUCCUGCACUGUCACUCGCACCUUCUCACACUAUUAAAAACAAUAUGUUUUAAGAUGGAUCUGUUUCUUGGGGUGGUUGGAACCAUUGGAACAGCACCAUCCCACAGCUUCAUCCAAGCAGUGCCUUCUCUGGCAGAUGGGAUGCUGGUUGCAGAGUACAGCAUCCCAGGAUAUAGGCUCAGAUAGGGGUUCACGUCCACACCUGGACGUACCACUCAGUUUAAGCUGAGGUAUUCAACAGGAACAUCACAAAGGAGGGAGGACUGUCCUUCCAGAGAGCUUCAGAGAUUUUCCUGCAUCACCACACCCAGUGCCUAUGGGAAUGUGGAUUUCCCUACGCAGCCACUCACUGCGUACCCAAACCCAUCCCUCUGCUGCUGUUAGGAGAAGUGUUGACAGGUAAAGGAUGAACCAGCUGAAUGAAUCGCAGCAAGCAUUUGCUUGUUCACUGUGAGUCCUAACAUGAUGAAUACAGAAACAGAGGACUACUUUCACACUGGAUUUCAGGUCUCAGCAGCAGAACAUCACCCUAUGCAGCAUCUCGGUGCGAUGCAAGCGCAGAAGGAAACACAACAGUGAAAAACUCAAUUGCAGAGGCAAGGGCAGUAAUUGCUCCUCAGCUACUGUGUGUGAAAAGAGAGCUCAUUUCUUUCUGAAACCUUGACGUGUUAAUGCUGUGUGGGCCAAGACAGGCCCUGUGUUCUUCUGAAUAGAUCACCAGAGCAGUGGGAGGUGAGUGGCAUUCCGCAUUCCAGCUGGCAAGGAAAAGUAAAAGAUGUUGCAACUUUAUGCAGCCACCAUGUGCCCACACUUUAAUGAUUUCAUUAUGUUCCUUCUGUAGAAUGGGGAUUGUGACUGUCAAGGAGGAGCAGGGGUGGGCUGCUCCUUGAGGCGGCUGCCCCAUGGUAUGCCACCAAGGAGAGGUUCAUGGCUGAGGUUCAUGAGUGAUGGCCAGGCUAUGUGCAACUCCAAGAUCAAGGUAGAAAGUCCAGCUGGCAGGUCAAGAUGAGAAUCAGUUAUAAGGCCAUGCACUGGCUUUCCUGCAAGGCAAAGACCAAAACUCCCACGCUGAGUCUCAUGCGUCUUUGCUGGAAACUCCUUGGGCAGCAGCUCUCCAUGCCAGGAUCUGAGAGCCCUUCCCCCAUCGCAUCUUCCUAUCUUGCACUGCCUUGCAUCCUGGGCUCUGCUUUCCAGUGAGACCAAACAGCAGCAGCAGAAGGGAGAGAGAAUUGCAGGAGAGAGCACAUCUUGGUGAGGUCCUCAGGGGUACCAGAGGUUGGUAAAUGUCUUGUAGAGGCACUGGUGACGAUAGAAAAAGCUGCUGAAAAAGUCAUCUCAUGACUCAUCCCAGCAGAGAUGAGGUUGUGUGUUUGUGUCCUUGCAUCUCCUCUCUGCAGAGAUGCAUCCAAAAGGACCAGGAGCAUUUAUACCCACCCUGAGAGGUGACUCAGCUGUCCUCUCUUCUUCCACCCAUGGCCACCCCCUCACCAUCUUCAACAUCAGUGGCAGCUGCUGGGGGCUGAUGGGAACGGGGUGGUUGUGCCCAGGGAAAUGGGGGCUGCAGCCCUGAGCCUGCAUGAGGUAAUUAUGGAAAGACCUUGGAGAGUCUCAGGGUCAGGCUGUCCACUGCAAACAGGCUACU